AUGGCCUCUUCGCUGAAGCUGCACCCGACGUCGGUCACGAUGCAAACCAAGAGCCAAGUUCUCACAGGCGUCCAAGACGCGUACUGGUCCGACGAGGAGGAAGCGGCAGAGUGCCCGCUCUGUCUCGAGGAGAUGGACGUGUCCGAUCUCCACUUUAGGCCCUGCCCCUGCGGCUACCAGAUCUGCCGCUUCUGCCACAAUCAUAUCCGGCAGAAUUUGAACAACAAGUGUCCGGCUUGCCGUCGCGAGUACUCGGACGAGGCGUUGCAGGAAAAACCUGUAAGUCCGGAAGACCGCCGCCGACUUGCGCAGCAGAAGAAACAACGAGAGCGCGAGCGGAAGGAUCUCGACGCACUCGGCCGUCGGCAUCUAGCGAACGUACGCGUCGUGCAGCGCAACGUGGUGUACGUCGUCGGCAUCGGCCCUCGGUUCGCCAAGGAAGAGCUCAUCUCAACGUUACGCUCGAACGACUAUUUCGGGCAAUAUGGGCGGAUUUCAAAGAUCGUGCUCGUGAAGCGCACCCCGCCAAACGGUUCAGCGCCUGUCGUGGGCCUGUACAUCACCUACCACCGUCGUGAGGACGCGGCACGUUGCAUCGCCGCAGUCGAUGGGUCGGCUUCACCCGGCGGCGGGAACGAGGUCAUGCGUGCGAGCUAUGGUACGACAAAGUACUGCAUGGCGUUCUUGCGCGGUGUAAGCUGCUCCGAUCACUCGUGUAUGAACUUACACGAGUGGGGCGACGAGAAGGACUGCUUUACCAAAGAAGACCUUACGACGCUCCAACAUGCGAUCAAGGACACCGAGGUCACGCGCAAGACGGUCGUCUUGGGCAAGAAGGACGACUCUUCCGCACGUUUACCGCGCUCUGCCUCGUGGGCGAACAAGCCGCCGACGAGCAGCACAUCGACCGCGCUCCACAAUCACACGAACACGGCAGCGCCCUCGGCACGCCAAACGCGGCGGGAUCGCGACAGGGUGGGAGAGAAGCCCGGGCGAGGAUCGCGUGGCUCCGGGACGACGGCGACGAACCACGAUCCGCCGCCAGAACCAAGCUCGUCCUGGAAGACGAAGGAGGCGACGAAACCGGUAGCCGCUGCACCCAAACCGACGCCUUCGCGUCCCGGCACACCGGCCCGGCCGACCACGCCCGCUCCAGCCGUAGCCAAGGCGGCGGCCAAAGCAAAGCGCAAGGCGACACCUCCCCCGACGCCUGCACCCCCACCCCCACCUCCCGCGCCGCGUUCGCCGACUUCAUCUGUUGCUCACGACUCGGAUGUUGGCUCUGCGACCGGUUCAGGCUCGCACGAUGCGCCGACAUCUGCAGACUCGCCAGCGCCAUCGACGCCCGCUAUGCCACCUGGUUUGCCCGCGGCACCACCAGGUCUCGCGCCGCCACCCGGGCUCGCAGCACCACCCGGUUUGCCAGCGCCUGGUUCGGGACAGCCUACAUACCAGAUGUCGACCCAAGUACAGGCCUUGCUAAACGACGUCAAAGCGCGCCGGGAACUCGCAGCACCGAUGACAGGCGUCAGUCCAUUCCCCGAUUUGGAUCGCACACUCCAGUCUUUAUCCGAGACGAAUGGCUUCUCGUUCAAUCUCGAUCCAAAACUUGCGCCAACGCCCGAGGACGACGAGGCGGCGGCAAACGGCUAUAUCGGAGGGUUCAUGGACGCAUUCCCUGGACUGCGCCAUCCUGCUGCUGCGAGCCCGCUCAUGGGUCCUCCCGGCCUUGCGUAUCCCGCAGCACGCUCGAUCUACGACUCUGCGGCACGCGCAUCACCCGCACCGGCAUCGCCGGCAUCUUACACCGGGUCGUUUGACCCCUUCGCCGAGAACGCAGAUGAUUUCGGUUCAUCCACUUCACGACGCGCCACACCGGACGAUGGUCAACCGAAGAUGUCUCGUUUCGGGUUCGCACAGAACAGACGGCAGGGUGGCAUCAGCUCUGUAUCCAGUCCACGUGGACUUGCGAGUUCGCUCAGCACUAGCCUCAGCGGCGACGGCAUACAAGGGCAGAACAGUGCAAACGGAAGCCUGUAUGAGCAGUGGAACGCGUAUGGGGCCCAGCAUCCUUUCGCGUCGCAUACCAGCUCGCCGCUCGCUCAGCACGCGCAGGCGUACUCUCCCGCACCGACGCAACGGUUCGCUCAGCAACAGGCCCAGCAGCAACAUCAGCAACAGCAGUAUGCUCAAGAUCUUGUUAGCGAAGCUGCACUCCGAGAGUUGUUGGCGUCGAGCCGCGCUCAGGAGCAACAACGGGCGCGGGAACAAGAGCAGCAACAGCAACAGCAGCAAUACCGGUACAACCUGAAUGCCGGCUUCGCCGACCCUGCGAUCAUGUCCGCGUCCUUCACCCAACACGACGGCCGGUACCAUAACUCAGCAAUGGAGAGCUUCUCGCCUUUCGCUGGUGGCCCGCCCGGCAUCCCUCACCCGCCACCCGGUCUCUCGCCCACUCCUCCAACGGAUAUGGCCGCGCACGUGCCGAGCCCCGGUUCGGUCGCCGCGCAGCCAGUACAAGUACAUGCUGCUGCUGCUGCACAAGCACCGUCCCCCGCGCCCGCGCCUGCCGAACCCCCCGUCGUGCUGUCCGCAUCCGAGUUCCCCGCGCUGACGGCGCAGCCUCCACAGCCGUCUACCACCACUACCUCCGCGCCGCCUCGCGGGCCGGCCGGUGAUCGUGCGGCGAAGAAGGCGGCGGCUGCGGCUGAGCGCGCGGAGAGGCGGGAGGCGAGGGAGAGGGAAAGGGCGGUGAAGAAGGCGGAGAAGGCUGAGAAGGAAAGGGAGAGGAAGGCGAAGGAGGAGGAAGAGAGGAAGGUUAGGGAGGAGGAGCAGGCGAGGAAGGAUGAGGAAGAGAGGAAGAGGUUGGAGAAGGAGCGCGAGGAGAAGGAGAAGAGGCUUGCUGCUGCGAGGGAGAAGGCCGAGGCUGAGCGGAAGGAGAAGGCCACGAAGGAGGAGCAGGCGAGGGUCGAGCGCGAGAAGCGGGAGGCUGAGGCUGAGCGCAAGAAGGCCGCCGCCGCUGCUGCUCGCGCCGAGAAGGAGAAGGAGAAAGCGAAGGCAGCUGCCACUGCGCAGCCCGUGCCUGCUCCCGCUCCGGCGCCAAAGCCCGCUGAACCACAGGCGCCGCUGCUGUCCAAGAUGCCGAAGAAGAACAAGCCGGCCGCGACGAAGCCGAUCCGGAUCCCGAAGGAAGUGGCCGAUGACAACGCUGAUACGAUCAGCGCCGUCGGGGCCAACGACAGUGUCGCCGAUUCCUCCUCCGUACGCGGCUCAUCGCGCGGCCACUCGCUCGAGCGCAAUGAACCCACGCCUAUGGAACGCGCGGCACCGACGUCGUUAGCGGAUCUGCUCGCUCAGAUCGCGGAUGCGCAUCCGGAGCUUGAUCUCCCGCAUCAUCCCUUCUUCGAUCCCUCGGCGCUUGGGGCUGCAGGCACCGCGCCACUCGAACAUGCACCGCUUGUACAUGCUCUAAGCGCUCUCAGCGCUGGUGGUGGAAGCUUCGCAGGAGGCCUGCCGCCAGGUGCAGUCGACGCGGCCGUGGGCUCCUUCCAGCGUCUGCUCGAGACCCUUACGCAGACGAUCAGCGAUCUCCUUCGUCUUCUUCCUCGUACCGCAUGGGACGGCGGUGCGGGCUUCGAUGGUGUCCUGCGCGAUAUGCUCGCGGGUGACGACGCUCUUGCUCCGGAAGAAGCUACUCCUUCGCAGGACGGGAAGGGCGCUGACGAAGUCGCAGCACUCACGCGUGCUCUCGAACGUCGUGCGCGGUGGAUGGAAGCUCAGCUCGGUCGUCUCGAGGCUCUCCAUCGCGACAUCAAUGCCGCUGCCGUCCGCGCCGUACUGGCGUACAACGACGGCGGAUGGGAUGCGGCGCGCUUCGCUCCUCGUGUGGGAGGAUCGCUCGAGCGCUUCGACAAGCUUCAGACCUUCAGUGCUGAUGAGAUGGAGGUCGAGUUGGUGAAGGCGAAGGAGGCUGCUGCGAAAGCGGAGGCUGAAGUUAGGGAGGCUGUUGAGAGGAUGAGGAGCGUUAGGCCGGAGGAAGAGGAUUGGGCGUUUGUGCCGCAGAGUGCUGGGCCGCCGCCGGUGAAGGCGUAG